AUGAUAGCGGAAGCUUCUACUCGCGCCGCCACGGAGGCCGUAACUCAAUAUAUCGCCACGAUGGGAGCGAACGCUCCCAAUGCGAUACCGGCACAAGCUCCACCUAUAGUACCACCUGUGGCUCCACCGCCAAUCCAAAAUCAAAUAAGCGUCUCCUCCUCUACGUCGGACCCACGGUCCCGAGUGCAGCUAUCUACUAACCACAGAGGAGCACAGCCCAGACAGCAACGUCGGCGCUCACCCCUACGGGGGAACGCAUCACCACCGAGAGUCCCUCUCUUUAAUGAGGGAGAAGGCGAAGUAAACAGCCGAAUGUCUCGCCAAAACCCUUUCUCCCAACCAAAUAAUCAAAUGGGUGAAAGAAUGCCUCUCCCAACAAGACGCAGUCCUUUCACCACAGACAUCCUCAACGAGGUAUUGCCUCAUGGAGUAAAGAUCUCGGGGUUACCUCAAUUUGAAGGGACCACCGACCCACAGGAGCAUAUAGAGAAAUUCAGUGCCAUGGCGGAUUUGUAUGGCCCAACAGAUGCUGCGAUGUGCAAGAUGUUCCGCACCACUCUCUCCAAGAGGGCAAUGAAUUGGUUCAACUCCCUACCCAUAGGGUCCAUAGACACCUUCGCUCGGUUGUCGACCCGAUUCACCAACCAAUUCGCCAUCAACAAACAAUACGCCAAGACCCCAGCUCAUCUUUUCUCUGUAGUACAGAGAGAUAACGAAACGCUCCGCAACUACAUUAAGCGUUUCGUAGAGGCCGUCCACGAAGUCCCCAGUGUGGGGCAAGACAUGCUUUCCGGGAUUAUGCAGCAGAACUUGAAACCUGGUAGAUUCAAAGAAUCUAUCGCCGGAAGACCCCCAGGCAACUUAGAGGAGUUGCUGAAUCGAGCCGAAAAAUACGUCAGGAUAGAGGAAGCCUCUACCCACGCUCCUCCUAAAAGGAAAAGAGAAGAUGACCGUCAAGACAAUAGGAGACGUGACGACCGACGUCCACCACUUCCACCUCAAAGCCAACCCUCUUCCUCCUACAAUAGAUUCACUCCGCUAAACGCUCGCCUCACAGAAAUCCUUCACGUGAUAGAGCAGAAAGGUUUAGCAGAACCUCCACGUCCUAUGCAGCCAAACGCAAAGCGAGAAAAAUCGGAUCGUUAUUGUCGAUUCCAUAAGGACAGAGGGCAUACUACGGAAGAGUGUGCACAACUUAAAAUGGCGAUUGAGAGGCUGAUCAAACAGGGCCAUUUAGGCGAAUACGUCGAUAAGCCGCGAAAUAAACGCCGUGAUGAUCCUCCACGCCGAGAUAACAACCGAGAUCAACAACAAAGACGAGAAGAUGGGGGUCACCGACGUGACCUAGAUAACAAUGAUAACCAGCCUACCCGAGGAAUCAUCUCCUUCAUCUCCGGGGGACCGGCGGGAGGCGAUUCACAUAAUGCAAGACGCACACUCGCUCGAUCAGCGCGCAUGAAUCAAGAACGCGCUUCUCCAUCCGAACGCGUAUAUCAAAUACGAAGACCUGAUCACAGUAUAGUCUUCAACUCCUCCGACCUUGAAGGUCCAGAGGAAGACCAUGUCGACGCAUUAGUGGUAACAACAACGGUGGCCAACUUCUUGGUCAAGAAAAUAUUAGUGGAUGGUGGGAGCUCAGCUGACAUCAUGUACCUCCAUGCUUUUAAGCAGCUAGGCAUAGAUAAUGCCCGUUUUAGUCCCAUCUCCACACCCCUGAAAGGGUUCACAGGAGAAGGCAUUUUGUCAAUGGGAGAAGUGGAGCUGCCUGUUUCUUUAGGGGAAGACCCCUGUCGAAUCACGAAACUAAUCAAGUUCCUCGUCGUCGACAGGCCAUCACCCUACAACAUCAUUCUGGGGAGGCCAGCCAUCCACACAUUCAAGUCAGUACCUUCCUCCUACCAUCAGAAAUGGAAGUUCCCUACUCCCUAUGGAAUGGGAGAGACUCUCAUAUGA